AUGGCAGACGGGGCCAACGGUACUACGAGUACCAACAAGAGCGACAGCCUGGGACAGGCGCAAUUGCAGGCUAUAACCGAACGAGGCAUAAAGCGGCUGGACGAAGACAAACUUAAAUGGGCUAUUGCCGGUCACGAAAUCGCCGUGGGGGAUCGUAUUGCUCAGGCCGCCGACCUGGUGCUGUGGGCCAAGGACUGGAUCUCCCUCGCUACCAAAGCCUCGCCCGAAGCUUCCAUUGUAUGGGCCGGCGUCUCUAUCGUCCUCCCACUCCUCACGAAUCACAGAACCGCCGAGGAAGCCAACCGUGGAGGCUUCAUUUAUGUGGCGACUCGGAUGCGCUACUAUGCGGCUUUUGGGUCUCAGGUUUUCCGUCUUGCGCAGAGCGGCGCUGUGGGCAGAGACCUAAUGGCCGAAGUCAACACCCACAUUGUGGGCCUUUAUCAGAAGAUCUUGGAAUUUCAGGAUGUUGUCAACCGAGACCUGGGGCGACCAGGGCCAGAACACCGUCAGACAAGCGCUCUGCGCGCUACUCCAUCAACUUCUUACACACAAGCCUCUUUGAUUCGCCAUGCCACGUCAAAACAUGCGCGAGACGGCUCGGCUCUGGUCAACAACAUGGCAACAUUGUGGAACAUUUUGGAAGACGCUUUACAGAAUGCACAAACGGGGCUUGUUAUCUUAGUCUUCGAUGCGUUUGAUGAAUGCCUCAAAUCCGAAUUCGAGAAUCUCGCCGAGAAGUUGAAGCAACUCCACCGAAACACGCAGCAGCAAUCUCACGGCAAGCUCCGGACUCUGCUGACUUGUCGACCAUACGAGGAAAUUCUCGGAGAGUUUCGGGAUCUCGUCAACGACUUUCCAUUCAUCCGUAUUCCAGGCGAAGACGAGUCAGUGGCCAUCGCCAAAGAAGUGAACCUUGUUGUCGAUUAUCGAGUCGAGCAACUUGCAAGGAAGAAAGUGCUCCGAGAUGAUGUCAAGCGCCGCCUGAAAGAGCGGCUACUUGAAAUCGAACACCGCAUUUACCUUUGGGUGCACCUUGUGUUUGACUACCUGGAAGAGUUUGAUUUCAAGAGGACUCCGAAAGGUGUUGAUGAGAGUAUCGCAACGCUACCUGACAACGUCAACCAAGCAUAUGAGAAGAUUCUCAACAAACCCCGCGACACGUCCAUGAUUCGGAAAGUGUUGAGUAUCAUCUUGGGGGCAAGCAGGCCUCUGACGCUAUCGGAAAUGAAUAUCGCCGUCAACACAGACACGAGCACCAGCAGCCCAGUGGCCCUCGAUUUGGAAUCGGAGAAGGAUUUCCAAGCACGCCUGAGGUCGUGGUGUGGACUGUUUGUCUCGGUAUACCAUGGCAAGAUCUACUUCCUCCACCAAACCGCCAGGGAAUUUCUCCUCGCCCCACCGUCGCCACUGACGGCCGCCGUCCCAAAUCUACACUGGCACCACUCUAUCACAGCCCGUGAUGCCCACCAAGUCCUUGCUGAGGUCUGCAUUGCCUACUUGGAUCUCUUCAAUUUACCUGAGACUUCUCCAAGUGGGGCCUGUGUCGAUUUCUUGGAUUACUCGGCCCAGCACUGGGCUAACCAUUUCCGUAACGCUCAGCCCACCGGUUCUGCUAGCAGCAUGCAUCGCGCGUUCAGGAUCUACAACCCACACGGUGAAAGCCUCUCGAAAUGGUACAAUAUCUACCAGCGUGCAAAUAUGAAGGAUGCCGAUAUCGAAGCGAAGGAUAAAGAUGGCCGAACACCACUUUUCUGGGCCGCUGAACGUGGUGAUGAGGCUGUUAUUACGCUUUUGCUAGAUGAAGGUGCCAAUAUCGAAGCGAAGACUCGUGCCAAUAUCGAAACGAAGGAGGAAGAAUACGGCCAAGCGCCACUUGCCAUUGCCGCUGGAUGCUAUAAUGAGGCUGUUGUCGCGCUUUUGCUAGAUAGAGGUGCCGAUAUCGAAGCGAAAGAUACCUUCGGCCAAACACCACUUACCCAGGCCGCUAAAAACGGUUCUAACGCUACUGUCCAGCUUUUGUUAGAUAAAGGCGCUGAUAUCGAAUCGAAGGAUAUCUUGGGCCAAACACCACUUACCCAGGCCGCUAAAGACGGUUAUAAAGCUACGGUUAGGCUUUUGUUGGAUCAAGGCGCUGAUAUCGAAGCGAAGCAUGGAAAUGACCAAACGCCACUUGCAUGGGCCGCUAGGCGCGGCCAUAGGGUAAUUGUUGCGCUUUUCCUUGAUAGAGGUGCCAAUAUCGAAGCAAAGGUGGCUUCUAUAGCUGAACACCACUUGGACAAGCUGCUGAAAACGGGUUUGAGGCUGUUGUUACGCUUUUGCUUGACAAAGGUGCUAAUGCCUCCAAGAGGCACCGGCUUUGUCGGUAGUUAUAGGUUUAGGGAAAGAUGGAAAUAUUGGGCGAAAUGGGCACUCUCGUCGACGAAAGGCGCAACACCUCCAAAUUGCGCGCACAAAAUGUCGGAUCAAGAUUUCGAGGAAUGGGGUGGUUUUUCGGAGGACGGCCUGUCAGAUGACGAAGAUGCCAUCCCAAUAUACCCAGAGGGAGGAGCCCUUUGCAAUGACGGCUCGACACAGGCCAACCCGACUUACUACACCAUCGUCUGUGACCGCUUCGGUUUGCCUAGACCUACCGAGGGAGUCCGGCUACGCAAGUCCAGCACUCGCAAGUCUGGCUGCAAGUUCAAGGCAUCGGCAAAGCUCACAGAUGAAGGAUGGGUGUUCAGGCAUCAUAAGGAUCCUCGUUACCACGUCCACAACCACCCGAAGUCCCUCGAUCCCUCGGCUCACCCACAACACCGGAAGAUAAAGUCCCCGGUCAAGAACCUUGUGAAGAAGAUGUCCAGCUAUAGCGCCAUCAAAGCACGCGAGAUUAGCAAGAUGGUAGAGGAGGAGGAACCCAAUUCGCACUUCACCAUCAAGGAUAUCAACAACGCCAGACAGGCAUUCCGUCGACAGGAAAAGGAUGGUUGUUCAGCCUCCGGGGCUGUGAUCAAGGCUUUUGACCAGGAAGGAGUCCUAUAUGUCCCGAAAUGGGAUACCCGAGAUCCCAACCGCCUUUUGGGCAUCGCUUUUACCUUCCCAGAGUGUCAGGAGAUGUGGAAGCGCUUCCCAGACUGCCUCAGUUUUGACAAUACUCACAGUACCAACGCACUUGGAUUUCCCCUGUUUGUUAUUACCACUCAGACGAAUAUCAACUCUACUGCAAACGUUGCCUUCGGCUUGAUCAAUAACGAACGCCGUGAGGGCUUUGAUUUCCUUGCUCAGGGAGUCAAGGAACUCCAGGUCCAACUUGAAGCCCGAUCUCCAGCCGUAACGAUCACUGAUAAAGACGAAAGGAUGAGGGACGCCCUGAAGGAGACGUUUCCGGAUGCCCAACAACAGCUGUGCCGUUUCCAUAUCAACAAGAACUUUACAACAGAAGAACCCUCUGAAGAUCGUCCUGGAUCCCGGACCAAGAUCACCCACGAUGCUGAGGGCGUUCUUACCAUCUGGAAGAUCCUGGUACGCGCCAAGACUAAGGAGGAAUUUGUGAGGAUCUGGACAUGGCUUAUUGCGGAGUUCUCCGACCAGGAGGAGAUCCUGCAGUAUCUCCAGGCUGAAUGGCUCCCUCUGAGAGAACAAUGGGCGGAAUACUGUACUCGGAGGCACCUGAACUUCUCCCAAUCGGUCACGUCUCAGACCGAGUCCUCUAACUUCAACAUCAAGAGUUAUCUGGUAACCGGCAAAAGCGAUUUCUUACGCUUGACAAAGGCUCUCAAAGAAAUGUGCCAGAAUCAGCACCGCAACUACAAUCAAGAGGUGGCAAAGCAGAUGACGAGGAUUAAGAUGGACUACUUCCCCCAAGAUUACCUAGGAUCCGAAGAAGUCCCAGUCUGCGAUGAUUCCUGUACAAUACAGCUACAGUUUCGUCUUCCUUGCCGGCAUAUUAUUCACCAGCGAUUGAAGGAUAAGGAGCCUCUUACUUUGCAGGAUCUUGAUCCACGCUGGCUCCUUGAUUCGAGGAUCGAUUGUCAAGAGAGAUAUAUUCGAAUCAGGGACCCCAAUCCAGCUGAACGGCGACGUGGGCGUCCCAAAAAUGAGCCCAUACCAGUCACCAGAGAACUCUGCCUCCCCGGCCAAGUCAGCCUUCGACCUCCAGCCUCACAGAGAGGUAACCGACAGUCCCAACGAGGUUGGAGAGGCAGUCGGCGCGCCCGCAACCCAAGAGCGGCUCGAGGCCACGCAUCAGCUGGAAGACUCAAUCCGAGUGUGAGACGGCGCCUGUCGCAAUGGGAGAUAGAACCAGAACAGCUGGAUGACCUCGAAUCCAGGCCUGAAAUCGAAUCGGAGCCGGAACCAGAGAUUAUAGUCAAUACUUGGCGUGGAAAGGACCCAGAACGCCGACCUGAGAACGCCCCAAGGAUCUCCGGGCCGGCUAGAAGUCAGGGUGCCGUCCCCAAUCAGACUCUGCGGACUACUCGGAGUGGGCGUACAGUGAUGCCAGUCGCGCGUAUUCAGGAGUCUCAGGAGCAGCCUGCAAGGGCUAGGAAACGCCCACGCCGCUGCUGA